AUGAAUUCACCUUCUUCUAGGCCUCGUCCACGCCAGGCCCAACAACCACGUGAUUACGAAGACGCAGCAGCAGCGGCGGCGUACCACAACAGCGGGAAAGCCCCGCGCUUCGAUAGCCACGAGGACUUUUACGAUUUCCUCGAGAGCAAUCGAGGAGGUCCUAUGUCCGGCCUAGGUGCCAAUCCAGCCCCUAGCGCAAAUCACGGUGCUGCGAUGCAAGGCCAACCCUCACAAAUAUCCACACAACAGCUACAACAGCAACAACAGCAGCAGCAACAGCAACAGCAACGCUUUAGCCAGGGAAGUCAACCUGGUAAUAGCCCAUCGCAGCAGAGUAGGCCACCAUUGACAAAUUCAUUUCCCCCUCAACCGCAAGGAGGAAACACGCCGAAUCAAUCGCGACCUCCGUCAUAUUCAGGCAGUAGUCGUUCCGAGGAGAUGCUCGUAGCAGACCGUACCAGCGGCGACAGCAGAAUCCAGCGCCAAAAUGGCCGUCGCACCGGACCAGGCAAGCCUGUAGCAGGACCGCGACCGCCCAGCAGCUCUGGCGGAUCGUCCCCGCCACGGAAUUCGGCAGGAUACCCGACCAACCAUCCUCAGAUCCAGCAAGCCCAAGCCCAGGCCAAAGCAGUAGCGGCGGCCGCCGCAGCAGCAGCAGCCUCAGGAUCCGACCCCAGCUUAGCAGUCCCCAAUGCCAACCUAGGCGCGUCCAUCCAGCGGCUCAAGAGCCCCAGCGUGAUGGAUUGCGUGCUACAGCCGCUAGACCAGAAGGUACACGAGUACGCCGAAGUGAUGCACCGCGAGCAAGACGAGAUGGACCGCCUAGACGCCGAGAUCCGGGCGCUGCAGGAACGACGCGCCGACGCCGAGACACGGUUCCUAGAGGCCAAGAGCAAGCACGACGACUACCGACGGCAGUAUCUCGACGUCGAGCGUGCUAUGCGCGGCGACCCGCUACCCCCUCCUACACCCCGGGAGCUCCCCCAACAACCGCACCAGGUGCCGCUAGCGCGACAGCACACGCGGCCUAUGAGUUUCCAGGACGACGAUGACGACGACGACGAUGAGUUUGCGCCGCCGCCGUCGUCUCAUCGCCGUAUUAACUCCCAACAGUCAUUUGGACGGACCUCGCAGAAGAUGAAGGGAGGUCGUUUCCGGUUUAGUUUGUUUGGAGACAAAUAA